UACUUUCUGAUCAUUUAAUAGUAAUCAACAAUUCCUGGUCAUGUGACCUUCGCAUGUCUCCUUCACGUUAUGAAAACUUUUGAUUAUUCUUAGCUUCUACUCCUCGGUAAACUGUGAUUUAAACCUUGCCACUUCUCCAAUAUCCUGUAUCUGAUAGUUGCAGGCUGUCUAUAUUAUCACCAAAAGUGUCUAUUUCUCUCAAGGUUGAAACUGGCUAGAUUUAUAAUUUCACAAUACCCAUAUCAUUUUUGUGGCCUGCGUUUAGGCAGUUUAUAUAUGUUACUGUCUUACAAGUAAUUCAUCUUUUCUGAUGGAAAAGGUUUCUUAGGUAGAGACAUUGAUACAGUCACCAAAAUAGCAAUGGCUGCGAGUGCCCUUCUCACGCCUACGAACUACCAUUCCAGAUCCUGUAUUGCUCAUUGCCUGUCUCCCCCGCAUUCAUUUUCCUCAUCCCCCUCAUCGUCAUCCUCUUGUUAUAUGUCUUAUAGAGUCUUUUGGGCCCCUUUGAAACAGUGCAUGUUAUGGAAAGAAUCACUCAGGCAAAGUAAGACCAGCCCUUCUACUUUCUUACCUAUUAAGGAUUCUGGAAAUUUGAACAAAUUGACUAGUCUAAUUCAGAGUUCUUACAAUCCACCAAGAGCUUUGUCAGGAUCCAGUGAGGAAGCAUCAAGCAUUCAGAAAUCUGCUCUUGAAAGAAGAGCUCGGUUUAUGGCCCAAAGUAGAGAGAGUCUUGUGAUGGAAGAGCUGGAACGCCCUCUGGCUGAAUAUAUGAGUUUACCUGCAAGUCAGUAUUCUGUAUUGGAUGCUGAACGCAUAGAACGAGUGGAUGAAAACACUUUUAGAUGCUAUGUCUAUCGCAUUAAAUUUUUUGCAUUUGAAGUUUGCCCUGUGCUAUUAGUUCGUGUGGAGGAAAAGCCAAAUGGUUGCUGUAUAAGGCUUUUGUCAUGUAAGCUGGAAGGUUCUCCUGUUGUAGUUGCUCAAAACGAAAAAUUUUCAGGUACAAUUUUCCUUUCUGAACUUAUCUGCAGAAAUUAUGUUUGA